AUGGAUAGAGUUGAAGACGGUCUGCAGGACCUUGUCCUCUGCCCCUCCAGGCUGCUGGACAAACUGCUUGUUGUGUGCCCCAACACUGACCAUUGUGAAGAGGUUCUGCCACGUGUUGAUCUUGAGGCCCAUCUCGCACACAGAUGUCGGGGCACUGUGACGCGAUGUAUCAGGGCGGGGCUUGGCUGCACGUUCCGAGGGCCGCGCAGUGGCCUGCAGGCUCACCUUUGGGAAUGUGCGUACCGGGAGCAGAACGCAGGCAAAAAUCCCGUGAUGAAGGGAGAAGUUACAACUAUAGAGAUUGAGCGAGAUCAGAUUGAUCUUGGGAUCUCAAUAGUAGGAGGGUGUGACACUCCGCUGGUGUGUGUGGUUGUGCAGGAAGUGUUCCCAGACGGUGCAGUGUCCAGAGACGGAAGACUACAACCGGGUGACCAAAUAUUGGAGGUGAACGGAGAUGACCUAAGCCAGGCGAGUCACUACCAGGCCAGGGCGAUACUCGGUCAGUACUCGCAAGUCUGUACUCUCACUGUGUACAGAGAGGCGGACGAUGAGAGACCUAUUGAGAAAGAAGAAAUAUUAAAAAUAUCCCUAACAAAGAUAAAAGGCAAACAUCUCGGAAUAAAGUUGGUUGGGAAAAGACAUGCUCCCGGGUUAUAUAUUCUAAAUUUAGUGCCAAAUGGUUUCGCAGUGUUGGAGGGUGGGCUUCGGAUUGACGACCGCGUUUUGGAGAUAAAUGGCGUGGACGUGGCCUUCAGCAGCCAGGAACACGCGGCGGCUAUCAUUCAAGCAAGCCCUGAUAGGGUUCAGUUCGUGGUAUCGCGAACAAGCCGCCCGCGGACGCCAGAUCUGGGCUGGUGCCGGCCCGCCGUCCUAGGGAGCCUCGACGCCGAAAUGGCUGCAGCCGUCUGGCCCAUCUGCCGGAAGUCUAGGGAAAUUCACAUAACUAUACACAAGGAGUUGCAUGAAUCGCUGGGUAUCAGUAUAGCGGGCGGGGCAGCCAGCCCCCGAGGGGAUACGCCCAUCUACGUCACCAACAUCAACCCACAUGGAUGCCUCGCAAAGUCAGAACAAGUGCAGAGAGGCGAUGUGUUGAUGGCCGUGAACGGAGCCAGCCUGAUGGGGUUGUCCCAUCCGGAGGCCGUGGCCCGGAUCAAAGCCAACACGAGCUCAAACGUCGUGACCUUGAGAAUUGUCGAGGCCCCUGAGACCUGUAUCGGCUCCGGGAACUUCGUACCUAGCUGGCUUUUCUGGCAACAACUACCAAAUGCUUGCAAGACGGUGAGGACGGUGACGCUCUUACGGGGCUCGGCGGGAGGCAGUCUGGGAUUCUCAGUGGUUGGCGGAGCCGACUGUCCACAGGGGCCUUUAACCGUCUACAUUAAGUCCCUGGUCGCCGACACACCCGCCUUCAACGAUGGCAGACUUAAGUGCGGGGAUCAGAUCAAGAGUGUGAACGACGUCAGCCUGGAGCACGUCGCCCACAGCAAGGCCGUCCGCAUCCUCAAACAGGCAACCGGCGCCGUCUCCCUCCGUGUGGUAUCCUGGCCGGGAACCGUAGUGUAA